GCCACUUUUACUCGACUGUGACUUUCAACUUUUCUUCUACAAGACAAUCACCCUCACAUAUCGUCAAAAUGCCGCCGAAACGCAUGACAGCAAACCCAACAGCGCCUCUGCGCUAUCGUCCCGGUAAAGCAGUUGGUGCAGAAGAAUCGUCCUCAGAGGAAGAAUCAGGCUCCGAAUCAGAAACCGAACAGCAACCACAAAAGACGACAAGCGCACCCCCAAAAGCAAAUUCAUUCCCAAAGUUCAAUUCCAACAUCAGUAAAGCCGACUUGGAGCGACGGAGACAAGAAGCUCAAGCUCUGCGCGCCCGUGAAGCCGAAUUAGCAAAACAAGCACAAGAAGGCUUUGAAACAGCGUCAGAAAGCGAAGACUCUGGCAGCGAAGAAGACUCUGCCUCAGAAGCCGACUCAGACGACGAGGAAUCAGAAGACGAAGCUCCCACCCGCCGGUUCGUAGCACCAACCUUCAUUUCAAAAGCCCAACGCAAAACCGUCACCACCCCAAAACAAUCAGAAGAAGAGGCCUUUGCACAAGAAGAGCGCAAACGACAAGAAAAAGCCGACGCCCUCCUGCAAGCCCAGCUCGAAAAAGAAGCAGCAGAACGCGCCCUAAACCGCAGGGCCUGGGAUGACGAAGACCCAGACGCAAUCUCCGACGUCGAUGACACAGACAACAUCGACCCCGAAGCCGAACUAGCAGCCUGGAAACUCCGUGAACUGCACCGCGUAAAACGUGAACGCGAAACCAUCGAAUCCGCGGAAAAGGAACGCGAGGAAAUCGAACGACGAAGAAAUCUUACGGCGGAACAACGAGAAGCUGAAGACUCUGCUCAUCUUGCUACGCAAAAAGAAGAGAAAGAUGCUAGAGGUCAAGCGGGCUUUAUGCAGAAAUAUCACCACAAGGGAGCUUUCUUUCAAGACGAUGAGGAGUUUGCAGAACUCGCGAAUCGAGAUAUUAUGGGUGCCAAGUUUCAGGAUGAUUCUGGAAAUAGAGAGAUUUUGCCGCAGUAUAUGCAGAUUCGAGAUAUGACAAAGUUGGGUAGGAAGGGAAGGACGAAAUACAAGGAUCUAAAGGCGGAGGAUACAGGACGAUGGGGUGCUGAGGAUGAUAGAAGAGGCAGUCCAGGAUAUGGAGGAGAUAGGUACACAAAAGAUAGAGAAGGAGCGACUGGAGCCAAUGCUUCUGUUGUUGGAGAGAGAAGGAGGAGAGACGAUGAUCGUGGUGGUGAGGCCAAGAGGCCUCGAUAUGAUUGAACGAACGACUUUACGAAACACUAUAAUAUCUAUGGAAGCAGACCUUGCCACUUGCUCCCACUCUUUGGAGAUACCCUUUAACACAAGCUGUCUUCUCUUGACACCCCUCUUCAUCUCAGUAUCCCCAUCUGUGACAGAAACUGUUGUAAGGUACAGUGAUUUGUACACUUCAAGGACCACCGAUAGAAAUAUCUAC